GGCACAAUAUGAGUCAUACAGGAGAAAAACCAUUUAAAUGUAAGGAUUGCAAUAAAUGCUUCAUUCAAUAUUCUGAGUUAGAAUUUCACAUGAGAAUACAUACUGGAGAAAAGCCGUUCAAAUGUCAUAUAUGUGAUAAAUGCUUUGUUUCCUCUGGAAAUUUAAAGAAACACUUUAAAACUCAUAACGGAGUAAAACCAUUUAAAUGCCAGACUUGUGAUGAAUGCUUUAUGACGCUUUCAAAAUUGAAGGACCACACUAAGAUACAUACUGGAGAAAGACCAUUUAAAUGCCAGAAUUGUGAGAAAUGUUUUGUUAGAAUUUAUGAUCUGGAGAAACAUGUUAGAGUUCACAAUGUAGAAAGAUCUUUCAAAUGUCCUUAUUGUAAUAAACACUUUUAUACCUCUUCAAGUUUAAAAAGUCACAUGAGAGUCCACACUGGAAUAAGUCGGGAUUGUGAGAAGAAUAUAAGAGGGAUUCAUGUAUCAGUUUCUUCAGAUUUGAAAGAUGAUGAAAAGGCCCUUAUCCAAAACAACAUAUCUCAAGCGUCAGUCCUAAAUCAACAAAUUGUCAAGCAAGAACCUGUUGGAAUAAAAAAAGAAACGGCACAAGAACACGUAUGGCUUGAUCAACCAGAACAAAUCCAUAAUAACAUGGAUGGUGAACAAAUCCAUCUCGAUUGCAAUAAAUCAAAAUAUGUUGAAAAUUCAAGUUCCAUGGUCUCUUUUGGGAACUUAACUGAUAAUCAACCAACACUUUCAAAUAUUAAACAUGAAGAUUUAGGACAAAUGGACAGCCAAGUUGGAAAUUCUGUAUUUGCUGUAGAACCUAAACAAUUAAAUGAACAAAACAAAACAUUAAAAUGUAAGGACUGUGGUAAAUGGUUUAACACUCUUCUUGAUUUUAAGAGGCACAUACAAACUCACAUAAGAGGAAAAUCAUACAAAUGUCAGGAUUGUAAUAAACGCUACAGCAGCGCUGCUGAUUUGAAGAGACACAAAAUGAUGCAUACUGGAGAAAGACCAUUCAAGUGUCAGGAUUGUAAAAAAUGCUACAGCAGCUCUGCCGAUUUGAAAAGACACAGAAUGACACAUACUGGUGACAGACCAUUUAAAUGUCACCAUUGUGAUAAAUGCUUUAGCAGGUCUUGGAAUUUAAAAUGCCACCUCAAAAUUCACACUGGAGAAAAAACAUUUGAAUGUAAGGACUGUGGUAAAUGGUUUAGGGCACUUCAGGAUUUCAAUAGGCACAUACAAAUUCAUAUUAGAGAAAACUCAUUCAAGUGUCAGGAUUGUAAUAAAUGCUUCAGCAGCUCUGCCUAUUUGAAGAGACACACAAUGAUACAUACUGGUGAAGAGCAAUUUAAAUGUCAGCAUUGUGAUAAAUCCUUUAGCAGGUCUUGGAAUUUAAAAUGCCACCUAAGAAUUCACACUGGAGAAAAACCAUUUAAAUGUAAACAUUGUGGUAAAUGUUUUACCAAUUUCGCAGGUUUGAAAAAUCAUAUCAGAACUCACGAAGCAGAAACACCUUUUAAAUGUAAAGAUUGUGGUAAAUAUUAUACCAGAGCGUCAAGUUUAAAGGUUCACAUUAGGAGGCAUGUAAAAAAAGACAGAUCAACAGAUUCAAAUGUUAAACAAAAAGAUUUAGGAGAAAUGGACAGCCAGGUAGAAAAUGCUGUACUAGUAUUUGCUGUAGAACCAAAACAACCAAAUGAACAGAAUGACACUGACAUGUAGUAAAUAUGAGUGAAAAACAUAUAACAUGGCGAAUGGUUUAGGACACCUUUUGAUUUGAUUUUCAAAGUCAAACGAGAGAAAAACCAUUCAAGUGUCAAGAUUGCACAAG